AACCGCGGUAACUCUACGAGUACCUACUAGCAGUUUGCGUUGUACUAUUUUCAUAUACAAUGUAUAAGUUUGUUGUGUUCGCUCUGAUGGUGGUGGCCUGCCAGGCUAGGGAGCUGAAAAGGUGCCCGCUGGUUAGGGAGCUACGGGCCCAGGGUUUCCCUGAGAACAAGUUGAGAGAUUGGGUGUGCCUGGUGGAAAACGAAAGCCACGGGCGCACCGACGCCAAGGGCACGGUGAACAAGAACGGGUCGCGCGACUACGGGCUGUUCCAGAUCAACGACAAGUACUGGUGCAGCAACACCUCCACUCCUGGCAAGGACUGCCACGUCACGUGUGCUGACGUUAUGACGGACGACAUCACGAAAGCCUCAACGUGCGCGAAGAAGAUUUUCAAACGCCACGGAUUCCGAGCCUGGUACGGCUGGCGAAACCAUUGCGACGGGAAGCCCCUUCCUGACAUCAGCUCCUGCUAACUC